CUUUCCAAUGGUGUGCUUGUGAAUUAAAUUUUUUUGUCAUCAGGAAUAUCUGUAAUUUAAAAAUGGUACUCCAAUUCAACACAAACUUUAAGCAGGUAAAAAAAGUGAAUGUUUAGUUUUACUAAAAACCUUUUCUUUUUGUCUUGGCAAUACAUGUGCACCAACAUUCAAACUGAAGAAACACAAAUCGCUUUUCAAGACUUUAGUUCCAGGUAAGGUUUUUUUUUCCUGCUCUUUCAUGCAUGUAUGCAUGUGCGGUCUUGUUUAGGUGCUUUAUAUUCCUCCCCCUGGUCCCUAUAAUGGGUUUGCAGAACUGGUGUGUUCGUGGAGACCUCAGGAAAAAAGCUGUACAGAAUGGUGGCUCUACUUUAAAUAGCAGAAUAAGCUAUUAGUGCUUUUAUUUUUUAGCGCGAAUUGGCCUGGGUUCCUGUGCGUCCGCCUCACGUACGCUCAAUUCACUGCUGCAGUUCACGCACCGCAGGCUUGCGCCAACUGCGUCCGCAAAAUCCACACUCGCGCUCGUUCCAGCGGUGACUGCAGCCGUCUCCUUGCUGCCUCCAAGACGUGGACGCGGUGUGGGAUCUAGCCGCCGGAGUUUGCGCACAGCGAUGGUGUGAGGAGCCACCGGAGAGUUUGCAGCUCUCCCUACAAGAACAGUCAUCAGCAGCCCUUUUCCCACCACAGGCCUGGCACCACCCACGCAUUCACUGUUUCUUCCUGUUCAUUCUUCACUCACCCUGUCAUGAAAGGUCUGUCAGGUAGCAAGAGUCACCAUCAUGUGGUCUCCUAUGAGCCAUCAUAUGAUCCACUGGGUCACCAUGUGGACCGCAAGCAAUUGUUGAUCAGUCAAAUGGACAUUCCAGUGCCCGUUCCCAUGCCAGCCGAGCACCCCUACUACAAUGCUCAGCGUACCUCGUACCCCUCUGACAGCAACAGCAUUGUCCCAUAUGGAACCUUCCCAAGGAGGUGCCACUCCACCUCCUCAUCCCACCAUCCUGAGGUAAAGGAUGAGUGUAUGGCCAUAGUACCCUAUGUAGUGGGAGGAGGAAGAGGGGGAGGAGGUGGAGGAGGCUACGGGGGUAAAAUGCAGACUCAGGUACCAGUAAACAUUGUGGACCAGUAUGAACAUCAGCCCCCAUUUUCCAGAGAUGGCUACCACACACUGCAGUACAAACGAGGAGUGCUGGCCCACACUGGGGGGAUGGGAACCAAUGACAACAACAAUGACAGCCCUGGGCGAAUUCGCCAUCUGGUCCACUCUGUCCAGAAACUCUUCACAAAGUCACAUUCACUGGAGGGGCCACACCACACACAGUCAUCUAAAGGGGCUCAUAAUGGGAGCGUUAAUGGUGGUGGUGGUGGUGGAGGAGGUGGUGGUGGUGGCUCAAGGGCGAGCCCAGAAGGUGGAAAUCCAUCUGCGGGAGUGCGCCACCGGAAGCGCAGCAAGAGCCGUGAGCGCUGUCGAUCAGCAGAGCCCAAGCAUCGAAGCUACCACCACCACCACCCCCAGCUCCACGGCUCAGCAUCUGCUCCGGGCUCUGGAUACUGGAGCUCAGAUGAUAAUCUGGAACGGGAGCUGUGUCUCUAUCACCCUCAUCACCACCAACCUCCACCCUCUCCUUCCCCGUCAAUUUCCCCCUCACCUAUUGCCAUGACAAUGGGUCGAUGCGUUGACAACAACCCUGACAAGUUCCCUCAGACUGCCCUCACAAGUCUCCCCAUCUCGCAUUCCCAGCAGUACUUCAUGAUGGACCCCUAUGGCACACUCAACGAGCACUCUCACAGCCAUGCACGCCAUGGCCACACACACCACCACUCUGCUCUGAAAGCCUCCCGGAGCAACAACGAUUUGAAAUAUGCAGCAUCGUCAGCAUGUCUACCGGUUAGUGGUAGCAGCAAUAACAGCGGUGUCGGUGGAGGAAUCAGCCCUUUGCUGCCUGUGGGUCUUUUGGACGGGCCCCUUGUGAAGAAAGGGGCGUGGUCAUCAAGCCUAACGGUGAGCAGGGCCCGAGAGGUCUACACCAACAGCAGCCACAACCAGCCACGAGCCAGCGCAGGAUCCGGUAACCUAAACCUAGAUAGAGCUCUAGUCAAAUCAAAGGGCAGUCAGCAACAGGACCCCUCUUGCCAUUUCUUACAGGUACCUCAAGAUGAGUGGAGCGGUUUCUCUCCACUGGGAAAGGAGGAAGACAUACCCUGUAGGAGGAUGAGGAGUGGCAGCUACGUUAAAGCCAUGGCUGAAGAUGACAGUGGAGACUCUGAGGGGAGUCCCAAACCCUCCCCGAAAGUUCAAGCCCGACGCGCAAGUUACCUGAAAGCCACACAACCAUCAUUGACUGAAAUGACCACACUACAGAUUUCAACAGAGCACUCCCCCAAACUACAGAUCAGGAGCCAUAGUUAUUUACGUGCAGUGAGUGAAGUUUCGAUCAACAGAAGCCUGGAUACUCUGGAUCCCAAAAGCCUCCUCGACCCUAAAUCCCUGUUAUCAUCACCCCAAUACCGAUCACGCAAUGAAAGCUACAUGAGAGCCAUGAGCACCAUUAGUCAGAUGAGUGAAGUGGAAGUAAAUGGACAGAUUGAGCAGGUCUGUGAACAGGUUUAUAGUGAGAUGCAAUCUCAGGCUAUGGAAGCAGCCAUGGACAGCCUGGAGACCAUGGACACCCUUCCCAUGCCAGGAUGCUUUCGAAUGCGAAGCCACAGUUAUGUCAGGGCAAUUGACCAGGGCUGCGCAGGAGAAGAGGAAGGUGAAGGAGGAAGACCACUGCUGCUGCUGCCCUCCUCACCACCUCGUACAUCUGCAACCACUGUCAGGACCAUACAAAGCAGCACGGUUUCAUCUUGCAUUACCACCUAUAAGAAAACUCCUCCACCAGUACCACCACGAACCUCCACCUGCUCUACAGCCUCCAAACCAUACAUCUCCAUUACUGCACAGAGCAGCACAGAAUCUGCCCAGGAUGCAUACAUGGAAGAGGAAGGACCCAGAGGUGACAUGACCAUCCAAUCAGGGUUGAGUAACUCCACAGAAAGUAUCGACAGCAUGAAGGCCUUGACAGCUGCCAUAGAAGCUGCCAAUGCUCAGGUCCAUGGACCAGCCAGUCAACACGUCAAUAACAGCACUAUGACAGUCAGUGUACCGAACUCCUCCGCCUUGAGCAGGGGGUACUCAAUUGAAGACCACCGGGAUGAAUACAGGAAAGAAGCACUGAGGAAGGGCAAAUGUCUCUCCAUAGGAAUCCAGGUGGAUGGUCCAGAGGACUUUCCAGAUCCCGAAGAUCCAUCCAAGUUCACCUCUGUGGGAGUGCAAGUGGAGGAUGACAGAGGAUACAGAAAGUUCCAGCGCUCCAACAGUGUGACGACAGCUGUACAGGCAGAUUUGGACCUGCCAGACAUGCUUGACAUGCCAAUGGACUCCCCAGAACCUAACAGGCACAUCCUGUCACCUAACGCUCUGUCUCGACAAUAUUCCCGUGAUGCUGCAACGUCCACAGUCAGCAUUCAGGGCUCAGGGAACCACUAUCAUGCCUGUGCCUCUGAUGAGUAUGACGAUGUCGGCUUUGAUCCAUCCAUCCUCCCUCCUCCAGACCCCUGGAUAGACAAUGUAACAGAUGACCCUCUCUGUGCCAACUUUAACAGCUCUGCCAUUCUGGAGGUGGCUUCCCGAUCAAUAUGUCAGAGAGAUGGCCGCUGGUUCCUGAAGCUUCUGCAGGCUGAGACUGACCGCAUGGAGGGCUGGUGUCAACAGAUGGAGCUGGACCAGCAGGAGAAUGACCUGCCUGAUGAGGUUCUAGGAAAGAUGAGGAGUGCUAUGGAAAGUGCUCAACAUUUAAUGUCACAGAAGUUCCAGCAGUUCAGGGAGCUCUGCGAGGAGAACCUGAACCCCAACAUCCAUCCUCGUCCCGUGGCCUCUGACCUGGCUGGUUUCUGGGAUAUGCUUCAGUUGUCAAUUGAGAAUAUCAGCUUGAAGUUUGAUGAGCUUCAUCAACUCAGGGCCAACAACUGGAGACCUCUAGAUCCUCCUGAAAGAAAGGAACGGCGCCUUCCACCUCCAGUGCCAAGAAAGCCCCACAAGGGCCCACACCAACAUCCCCCUCUGGUCAGGGACCGCUCACUGGAGAGUUCCGAGAAGCAAAGGCAAGAAGCCAGGAAGCGGCUGAUGGCGGCCAAAAGGGCGGCCUCUGUCCGGCAGAACUCUGCCACAGAGAGCGCCGAUAGCAUUGAGAUCUAUAUCCCUGAGGCACAAACAAGGUUAUGAGGACACCGACAGGGACAAGCAUUUGGACUCACAUGUCCCCCACACAAAACAACACACACAAAUGUACAGUUGUCCACACUACGGUGCAGAAUAGGGGAGCCAGCUUAUUAUUUCAACCUCUUCCUUUGUCGCUUUUCAGCUGAUUAGCAGAGAAGUGCACAAUAUUUACUAGCAGGAAUUCCACAGGUCUUUAUAUUCUCCCCACGCUAAAAAACAUGAAUUCCCAAAAAAUAUGUAAACACCUGUAGGUAAAUUUUUACUUUUUUUUUUAAUUACAGCUUUAUUAUUUAUUAAAAUCUCGUCAGUUUACAUUUACAGCCAAAUAAAAGAAUGAGUCCUAAAACUAUUGUAAUCCAAGGGAGGAUUUCCCUCCAUGAAGGUUUCUAUUUCAACACUAUAUUGUUAUCCAUUGGUAAUUUCUUUUUAUUUGUCUUUGUUUUUUUUAAUCAUUUUCAGUCCAGUCGUGUUACCUGAAUUUUCUAGAGCAUUUUAUUUUACAGCAUUCAGUAAAGUUAUACUGAACUGUACUGAGUUCUUCAAGCAUAAAAAUCUAUACUGGGGAGAAACAAGUGAUGGUUCAAGCAGAAAUUAUUAUUUGAAACAUUGUGAAAAUUUGAAGUGUUGACUUAAUCUGCAUAAAUUAGUGUCUCUUAAACUUCAGGAAGACCACUUGAUAAAAAGAGAGAAACAAAACCUUGCUUUUUAGAAGCUAAUUACAAGAAAAGGAGACAAACAGGAUUUUUUCACAGCAGUUUGUCUUUUUUUAUUUUAAGCUACUCCCCACAAAGGGGAGUUUCUUCAACAACGUAAUUUAUAGUGACCAUGCAGAGAUUUAGUGACAGAUUUUCUUCCUGAGGCUACUCCACUGUGGUUUGAACCUGCAACUUGCUGAUCUUGCAGGCCUAGUGGGUUUGCACAGACCAAAUCCACAUUCUAAAAUAAAUAUUAAUUCAAAUCUCAGUUUUAUUUCUGCUGACAUCUGUGCAGUGCUACAAAAAUAAAUGGUAAAUGCCAAAAUCCCCCCAAAAAACAUAAAAUCAGAAAAGAAGAGACUUAAGUGUGUUGUCUUACUCAAAGGCAGAGCUUAACAUGCGUCACCUGCCCGGAGACAGAAAGUACACAGGAUUAUGACACGUCAUGCUGACAAAUAAUAGGUCCUGUGUUAUUUGAUAUUCUGGAUUAUUGCUACGUGAAACAGUGUGACAGUUGUCCUCUUAAUUCCCUUCAGUUUUGAUCCUUUUCAAUCAGAUAGAAACUGGAAACAACAAAUUCCCAUCGCAGAGUGCUUUAAGAUGUUGCACAAAGAAUUCAGGAAAACCACCAAACCAAACAAAAAGUAUAUAAUCACUGUUAAAAUACCCUUUUUCCAAAUAUUUUAAUUUUACAAUCCAGCCCAGACAAGAUUAUUUCAAUCAAUUUAAAUUUUCCUAAAUAUAUUUUAAUGAAAGCUUAGAGAAGUGUCCAACAAAAAAGACAUUUUUGUGCAUUAUCGUCCCUCACGGAGGAUGUAAGUAGGUGGUCUUGUGGACGGAGGAACAACAAGAAACUUUAAGGUGAACCAGACUCAGAUAGGACAACUUUUCUAAAUAACUGGGGGCAGAAACAGCCGAAAAGACGAAAAUACUUUAAAGAAAAGAUACAAAUUAGCAGCCAAAACAAUGACAUGGUUCCACCACUUUUCUUUCACUCUUCUUCAAUUCUUAUGGGCUGGUAUCCCUUUUUCUUAUUUUAUGGAGACAGAUUUAAAGUUUUUUCAAAAUGAAGGUACUUUAGAAAAUUCUUUAAAGUACAGCAGCUGCAGAGCUAAAGGACACAUUUUGUAUACCGCGGUUUUCUUCCUCUAAGUCCAGGUAUGUCAAAGCACCUUAGUUUCAUAUCUACACCCUUUUCUUACAUAUCAAAAAAAGUAAAUAAAUGCAAAAAUGACCUCUGGGUGCAAGUUUCAUUAGAGUUUAAAGAUGAAGGGAUGAACAGGAAGAGUGACAGAACAGCAGUGCUUAAGGAAGCAAUGCAGAAGAUAAUCAUGCUCAAAUCUUUCAGAGUGCAUGUUUUACACAAGUGUUUGUUCUGACCUUGAGUUAGACAAAAACAACAACAAAUAAUUGCUUUAUAGACCAAAAUGUUCUACUGCCAAUAGGCUCUAGUUAAUCAAGUGAUACCAAGAUAAAUAGAAUAAAAAGGAUAUAUAGAAGAAAAACGUUUCCUCUCUGAAGGAAGAAGAAGAUAUAUUUGUACUUUAAAGUAUGAAUAACAAUGUCAAAUACUUCACAAGUUUUUGAUUUUUGAAAAACGUAUACGUGGACAGAUCUGAAGAAGGGCAGCGCAGUACACUGGUGCCUCCUGCCUCUUACUGUAACACUGUUUUUGAGCUUGUCUAUAAAGUAAAGUGCCAUGAGAAGACAUUCCACUUCCACCAGGUGUCACACUGUGAUCCACUGAUCAGCGGUGAGAAGUAAUGACCUUAGGGACAAGAUCCUUUCUGUUGAAGCACUUCACCUGCCAUUUCCUAAAAUAACAGCACUAGUUGUGAUGCCACCUCACAGGGAUCUUUGUUUCUUUCUCACAAGCAACAAAUCACAAGUAGAAGUUAAGGAAAAUCUGCACACGAAUCUAUGAUGAUGUAUUGUUAAUGAAAGUAUUUAUUUUCUUCUUUUGUAAAGAGUGAUUGUGGGGUGUGAGGGGAUUUUGUACAGCAUAUUAUUACCUCUGUGUUCAAAUGAUAAUGACAGUAACAAUAACAGUGAGCCAUAUUUAAUGUGAAAUAUCCUUAUCUAGAGGAAAGGCCAUUGCUGGUAAAUACUAUUUUUUUUUGUCAAUAAUUGAGUUUAGGUUGUUUUUUCUUUUUGUUCUAGUAGCAACACAUUUUCUGUUAGCCUGGAGAAAAGUAUCACUUCACUCGGGAUGCGAAUUAGAGGAUAGUCUUCGCAACUUUUUGUUUAUACAUUGAAACAAGUGGCCUCAUAUUUGGUAUUAAAAGAAAUAGCUGUGGCCAAACUUUGAAGCCAUGAUGUCAACUGUAAAGUCAAACACAAGCUAGAACAAGGAGUGAAGAUCGGGGCUGCCAGUAUUCACAAAAGAAGUGAACAUGCAUAUGCAGAAAAUAACCGGUUACAUUAUUUAAAUUAUCCUAAAAGGUUAUCUACUGCCUUAUUUGUGCUCUUAGUAUUUCUUAUCUGCAACAAUAAUAAUAAUAAUAAUAAUUUCUUUUAUGUAAUAAACGGCGGGUAUUUCACGGAAAGCUUUAUAUUCUGGCCUUAUUACAUUAAUUCAUUGAAAUUAUCAGCUCAAUGGGAUUAUAUUCAUGUCAAUAGAACAUACAUUUUCAAACGUUAAAAUCUGAAGCUGCGAUAUAUUUGCCACCUGUGUGGCAACAACCACACAAACUUUUCACAUUUUAUAGUUUAACUCUAAAAGAAGAACAUCCACAUAAGAAAUUACACGAAAACCUGUUUAAAUUUGAAAUCAACUAACAGAAAAAUGAUCAAAGCUGUGUUGAAAUUGUGGUGUUACUUCAUUUGAAAUACUCACAGCCCUUAGCCUUCAACCAGUCAUGUCAUAGAGCUCUGUGGCUCUGUUUUGUGCUCAGGAAGAGAUGGGAGGUGCCAUGUAUUUAAUCAGAACCUCCCAGACAUGGUGAUCAAUAACUGAAACUGUGUGUGUGUGUGUUGUAUGACUGAACAUGUGCCAUACACCUUGUAAAUAUCACUGUUUGGAAGAUUCAUUGUGUAUGUGUGAGGUCUCCAUGAAGUGCUUCCUGAGAACUUUGUUUCUAUGUUGGGCCUUUCCUCAUUCUGACCUGUAGCCUCAUAUCAUUCUUCUGUAUAUGAACUUAUACUUGCAACUGGUUUCUUGUGUUUGUACAGAAAUAAUGAGGGUGUUUCAUGACGCAUGCCGACACAAUAUUAGUACUUAUAAAUCUAUAUCUGAUUUAAAUAUUUCAAUUUCAUUAUUUAUGCUCUCAUUUAUGGAUUUUCUAAUCUCUGACAUUCUGUUCAAGUCAUUUAUCAAGCUCUUCUUAUGUUACAUUGAGUUGUCAAGGGUUGAUUCAUGUCCAUAACUGUUACUGAAUCCAGAAUAAAAUCAACUAUCUACUCCUUU